CUGGACCAGCGGGCGCGAACUCAGGAGAAACCUAUCGAGACUUUCUCUGUCAUCCAGGACUGUUCAGUCUGUUGGAAGGAUUCCUGUACGGUUAUUCUGUUCAUGGACUUAAUACUGGUUUACCCAAGACUUUUUUAGCACUUUAAAGAGAAAGAAGAUCACCUGUAACUGCUGACCAAUGACACCUGUUGUCUCUUCAGCGCUCGCUUUAAGAGAAACUCUGCUGUAAACAAACUACGAGGAUAUUUGAACGUUUGAUGACGCAGUUAAGAUGAAAGUGACGGUGAAUUUCGGGGAAACAAGGAUUGUCGUCCCGUGUAAAGACGGUUGGAUGGUGCGGGAUUUGAUCGAUCAAGCCACUCAAAGAUACAAGAAGAUUGUUGAACAGGAUGGGGAAUUCCUGGUGCGGACGCUCCAUGUGGAGUAUGUGGAAGGGGGGAUCCUGGACCCAGAUGACAUGCUAACAGACCUGGUAGAGGACAAAGAAAAGCUGAAGGCUGUGUAUGAGAAGAUGGAGCUCCAGCAGAGGGCGAUGGUGAGUCCCGGGGGCAGUGUGGCGUCCGGUCGCUCCAGCCCUGACCCCUCUGAACCUGAGCUCAGUGUCCUGCAGCCCUACCUGGGCAGUGAGAUCGAGGUCACCCCCUCUGCCCUCAAAUCUACCACUCCUCUAUCGGUGCGAAGCAGCAGUGACCCCGCCCUCGCCCCACCCCUAGAUAUCAUUUCACUGGACCCUGAGGACAUCAGCAGACCCCAGACCACUGGUGUCGCUCAUGCAACCUCUGUGAAGGGAGGAGCCAUGAACAGACCAAAGGUGGACGUCCCAAACUCCAGGACUGCACAAGUCGACUUAAGAAGCCUCACGCGGACGGUGAAGAUUUCUGGAGACCCCGGGCCUCUGGGCAUUAAAGUCAUAUCAUACUGUUCCUCACUGAGUGGAAGGACUCUGGGUCUAAAUAUCCGAGUGAUUGAGAAGAACAGCCGCUCUGAACGCGAGGGGAUCUUUGAAGAGGACGAGUGCAUCGUGCAGAUCAAUGACACGGAGUUAAUAGACAAGUCCUUUACUCAGUCUCAAGAAGUGUUUAGCCAAGCCAUGUCCUCACCCACCAUACGUUUGGAGGUGCUUCCUGUCGCCAACAGGCUCCUCUAUGAAAAGAGUCUCAUUGGGCAGAUUUUCAACAGCACCGAACCAAUCCCUGCAUUCCCUAAAGUCAAGAGUCCUUUCUUGGUUCAUAAGCUCACUCCGAGCAAUACAUCGACGCCGUCUCCAGAGCCUCCUGCAUCACAGACUCCACCCCAAAAAGAGGAGGAGCUUCAGCCUGCAAGACACACCCCCAUCCAGACAAGUCAUCACAGAGCCACGCCUUCUCCUCCAGUCAGUGCAUCACCUACCCUGAAAGAUGGCAGCGAGAGCCCCGCCCCCAAAAAGAUCCCUGCCCUCGCCCCGCUGGUUGAUAUGAUCAGCAAAAAGCCUGGGAAGAAAAUGAAGAUCGAUUUAAAGAAAGGUACGGAGGGCCUUGGAUUCACCGUGGUAACCAGAGACUCGUCCCUUCAUGGUCCAGGACCCAUUAUGGUCAAGAGCAUCCUGCCCCGCGGAGCUGCUGUUAAAGACGGACGGCUCAAGUCUGGAGACCGUAUCCUGGAGGUAAAUGGAGUGGACAUCACGGGACGCACACAAGAGGAGUUGGUGGCUAUGCUCCGGAGCACCAAACUGGGAGAAAUCGUGUCUCUGGUUGUUGGAAGACAAGAGGAGUUAUUGCCCAGAGAGCUGAAAGGAGAGCCAUCAGGUCUGCAGCUUUCGGAGGACGGGCGAGAGCAGCUGAUGUUUGAAGUUCCUUUGAGUGACUCCGGCUCAGCUGGUCUGGGGGUCAGUCUGAAGGGUAAUAAGUCCCGUGAGACCGGAGAAGACCUGGGCAUCUUCAUCAAGUCCAUCAUCCACGGCGGCGCCGCACACAAGGACGGUCGCUUGCGUAUCAAUGACCAGCUGAUAGCGGUUAAUAGUGAAUCGCUGCUUGGACGCUCCAACCAUGAUGCCAUGGAAACCCUGCGGCACUCCAUGUCGACUGAAGGGAACCUCCGAGGAACCAUCCAGCUGGUGGUUCUGCGUGCUGUGGAGCACUCCGCUGCUCAGGAAAAUCAAGAAAGCAGUCAAGCUGUCACCAGAAACGACUCUCCUGUUCAUCUUCAUCCAAACAGCAACCACACCAACGGUUCGGCACCACCAUCCACAGCAAACAACCGCAUGUACGAGGCUGCUCCUGCUUCUUACAAACCCCCUGGUGGACCACAGGAACUGCCGGAGGAAGAUUACGAUGAAGAUGAUUUCCCCCCUCCACCUUCUGAUCUGAACCGUCUGGAAACAAACCCUCCACACAAACACCAACAGAAUCGGGCUGAAAUGGAGCCCGUUUCCUACAAACCCACCAACCAACCAUACCCUCAACGACAGAAAGUCCCAGAUUACCCUACCAACAAGUCCUCCAAGAGCAUGGAUUUAGUGGCAGAUGAGAGUAACAUGGCCUCCAUUCAAGAACAGAGACCCGAACCCCUCUCUUCUAACGGGACGGCGCUGGGACCCAGGUUAGGUCUGCAGAAGUCCAGUUCUCUGGAGAGUCUCCAGACAGCGAUGGAGGAGGUCGGUAAGGACGAGGUGCCCUUCCAUCGUCCACACGCGCAAAUGGUGCGAGGCCGAGGAUGCAACCUCAGCUUCCGACACGCCAUCGACAAGUCCUACGACGGGCCUUCUGAACCAGAGGACGACGACUCUGAGGAAGACUCCGGAAGAGACACGCCUGCCAGCAGCUCUUCUCGACAGGAUCUGGAUGAUGAGAAGAAGGUAAAGAAAAAGAAAACCAAAAAGAAGAAAGAGAAAAAGAGCAAAAAGAAGGACGAGCCCGAAGACCCUGAGAAAAAGACAAAGAAAAAAGGAUUUGGAUUGUUGAGCAUGGAGACGCCGCCUGACCUCAGAUCAGUGCAGAAGAAUAUGUUUGGGAGAAAAAACAAACCCAAGGCUAAAGAACUGGGCGCUUUGAGUGAAGAAGAGGUGGACAAGAGUGAACCUGAGAUUCUGUCCAAAAGUGAAAGGAACAGCCCUGCUCCUGACCGCGCCAUCUUCCCUGACGUCGAAGACGAUGACCUGGAUCCCAACUAUGCUCGGAUCAGCAAUUUUAGAGAACCUCCUGCCUCCAGUCCUUCCCCCUAUCCACCUGGAACUCCCACCCAUAACUACUCUCAGCCUACAGUCCCCGCCCCCAACAGAGAGCUGCCCAAUGAGGAUGUGCUAGAGGGGCUUUAUGCUAAAGUUAACAAGCAAAGAACCGCCCCUCCAAAGCCUGACAGUAAUGAAGAGCGCUUGCAGCAAAUCAGGAAUCAGCUUCAGCAGGUGAGACCGGCUCCAUCCUACGAUGACCUGAGCGCCCGAAGACGACCGGAUUACGACCCUUCACGAAUCAGAGGGCCUGAUCCACGAAUGGUCCACAGAUACAACGACUCUGAUCAACUGUACGCCUCCGUGCCCAGGAGGAUGCCAGUGGAGGACUACUCGAACCAGAACUGGGCCAACCAGAGAGACCCCGUCCAUUACCCCAACCCCAUCUACGAGACCCAUCAAGACAACUAUCCUUCACGAUCUCCCCGGUUGCCUGUGCCUAGACCCGCAGAGGUCACAGGAGGUUACUAUCCCUCAUCUCCAGCUCAACAGAGGGGUCCAGUGAGGCAGGACGUCCCUCCAUCAUCAAACCCUGGUGCCAGAGCACCACCGCGAUACGAAACGCUGAACCAGGGGAACUAUCGGACGGCCAGUCCUGAUCGCUACGGCCCAUACGGAGAUGAACAAUACCAAGAUCCCCGGCAGAAAAAGCCAAUGAUCGGAGCAGUCUAGACGAGGAGGAAGUAGGUUGGUGCUGGUUAUGUAAUUGUGUCCAUUUGCAAGAACAAUCUAAUUAGUUUUCCUAGACUUAUGUGAAGAAAAAGACACAGCCAUCGAUUACUCCAAAUUGAAGUUAAGUUUUUUUUAAAGUGAUGUGUUUUGGAUGUCCCCCAUUUUUCCUCUUAAUUAGCAUCAGUUCUGAACAUCAAGUCGAUUUUACACAAGCGUCCGUUAGGUUUAAAAGUUACAGCUUACAGAAGCACAUCGAGUUUGUAUGUAUGUAUGUUUAGCAUGUGUUUAAUUCACUAUACCACACAAAUGUGUUUAAUAUGAUGAUCCGCGGUGGAUAGUAUGGCCGUUUCUUCCCCUCAUGAGUAUGCAUUCAUUUUUUUGAGGAUGUGAUUGAUAGUCUCUUAUUACCCUAAAACAUCACUGAUGUUCUCAGAACGCUGUUGGGUGCCGUCUUUUUUUUUUCUUUUUUUUUCAGUGAAUCAAUCCUAAAGCGUGUUUUCAUGCUAUGUUUUGAGGGUAAUAUUCUAUUUCAACUACCUCCCUCCAUGAUUGAUUUUAGUAAAGUCGUUCUGAGUCCCAAAAACACCAAAACGGACGAGGUUACACAAGUAGCUGAUCCGAUAUCACAGUCUCAAACUGUUUUGGCUUUUGAUGUCACGUUUCUUUCUUUUACAUUAGGUUGAGGUUUUUAUAUUCCUGGUAUUUGUAUGCCCUUUCAGCCUUUUUAUGGUAGUUGUGCGAUGGUAAAUGCUGCCUCGUAGGUGCAAACGCUGUAUACACAGGGCUCUUGUAGUGAACAAUCAUUGUUGUUGGAUCACUGCUUUAAAAACAAUACUUCCUGAUAUCCUUAAAAUGAUCCGUUUAUUGUAGAUAGGAGAUAUAUUGCCAGUCAAAACAGGAUCUUACAAGAACCAACAAACAAUGAACUUUGGGUUGAGUUUUUUUGCACAUCUAAGGGCUGAAUGAAGUGGUUUACAGGAAAAUGUCUGGAUAGAUACUGAGAAUACAUGAAGUUUUGUGUGUUUUACUUUUAAGAUUUGACCUUUUACACACAUGCUACUCUAUCAACUUUUAAAUAGUGUGUAUGAAUAGUCAGUUGCUGUUAUCUUGUGUUUGUCUCGUCAUUGAAAAGUUAAUUUUAAUUUCUGUAUUUUUAUACCACAUUUUCAUCCAAUGUUUAUGGAAAAUCUACUAUCUUUGUGUUUAUUUUGCUUGGAUUUUGUUUUUAUAUUUCAUAUUUAAUCUUUUUAGGUUUGUUUUCUUUGUUAACAGCGGUGUUUUUUUUUUUUUUCAGUUAAUUUUGAAACCUAACAAUAGAGACAAUAAACUCUGUAAUUUUCUUUAUUUUGCUAUUUUUGAUUGUUUGUUUAUUUGUUUUUUGUUUUUUGCUAUCAUAUAUUUUUAUGAAAAUCAAAAUGCUGAUCUGCAUAAUUUGUGAAAAUCAAAUUACAUGGAUGACUAUAAUUUUUUUGUUGUUGUUUUGAUACCUUAUUCUUUUUUUAGUUUUAAAGUUGGGCAAAUGUUGUAUUUAAUAACCAAAAAUUAAUAGGCCUGCAUUUUGGAGUAAAUAAAAUGUUAAUGACAUUAAUUCUUAUUAACUAUGACACUUUGGUACCUUUUUUAUUUGAAGUGAAACUGUAAGUUUUUGUGUAAAUAAAGUGGUGUGUUGGUUCAGACUGA